AUGUCCAUCGCUCAACAACUCAUCGAUAUGGGAUUCCCAGCUGAAAAAGCCGAAGCAGCCGCUGGAAACGGUAGAAAUUUGGAUCAGGCUCUCGAUUGGAUUGAGAAGGACGGAGCCGGUGUUCCAAUGGAAGAUCAAACUGCACCGACUGAAACGGCGGCUACUGGAGAAGCGAGUACUGGUGGAAGUGCUGACGUGCCGAUGGCUGCGAACAGCUUUAAGUGUGAUGACUGCGGAAAGCUGUUGGCGAACGAGGACGCCGUAAUGUUCCACGCCUCCAAAACAAAACACGAGAACUUCAGUGAGAGUUCCGAACAAAUCAAACCAUUGACUCCAGAAGAGAAGGCGGCUCAGAUGCAGUUGAUUCGUGACAAGAUUAAGAUUCAUAUGGAGAAAAAAUCGAAGCAAGAGGCAGAAGAGGCACGAGAGAAAGAGAGAAAACGUCGUGAAGACGGAAAAGCGAUGGUCGCUCAUAAGGAAGCGGUUAGAGAUCGAGAGAUUCGAGAAGCGGCUCAACAACGUCGUCGUGAGAAGACGGAGGAUGAGAUAGCGAGACAACGAGUCCUCGAACAGAUUAAAGCGGAUAAGGAGGCACGGAAAGCAAAGGCUUCGGGAGUACCCGUGCCAGAGCAGAAGGCUCCGCCCACAACGGUGGCUCCGGUUGUGGUGGCACCACCAAAAGAUUAUAGUCAAACGACACUUCAGUUCCGUUUGAUUGAUGGACAAACUGUUAGACAACAAUUUCAGGCGAAUGAGCCGCUCGCCAUGGUUCGCGCGUGGAUCGAGACGAAUCACGCGAACGGAGUUCCAUUCUCAUUGAUGACACCAUUUCCACGCAAGGUUUUCACCGAGGAUGAUAUGGGAACACCAUUGAAAUCACUCAACCUCGUCCCAUCUGCCAACAUCGUUCUCAACCGUCUCGUCUGA